UGCAGUCAUAUAAAUGAUAUAUUUACUUGUGUGAGAUUAAAAUACUUCCCCCGUGUUUGUCCUUUUUCGUUUAAAAAAAAAUGUCGUACAACUACGUGGUAACUGCGCAGAAGCCUACGGCGGUAAACGCAUGCAUUACAGGUCACUUUACUUCUGCUGAAGACCUCAAUCUACUCAUAGCCAAAAACACACGUUUGGAGAUCUAUGUGGUCACAGCGGAGGGACUGAGGCCUGUCAAGGAGGUCGGCAUGUACGGCAAAAUUGCUGUCAUGGAGCUUUUCAGACCCAAGGGUGAGAGCAAGGACCUGCUGUUUAUUCUCACAUCCAAAUACAAUGCCUGCAUCCUUGAAUACAAGCAGAACGGUGAAAGCAUCGACAUCAUCACACGUGCCCAUGGCAAUGUCCAGGAUCGUAUUGGGCGUCCAUCUGAGACGGGGAUUAUUGGAAUCGUUGACCCAGAGUGUCGCAUGAUUGGUUUGAGGCUGUACGAUGGGCUGUUCAAGGUGAUCCCAUUGGACCGGGACAACCGCGAGCUCAAGGCUUUUAAUAUCAGGCUGGAGGAGCUGCAGGUCAUCGAUGUUCACUUCCUGUACGGCUGCCAGUCCCCGACAGUCUGCUUCAUCUAUCAGGACCCACAAGGCCGUCACGUAAAGACCUACGAGGUUUCCCUAAGGGAGAAAGAGUUCAACAAGGGCCCCUGGAAACAGGAGAAUGUGGAAGCUGAAGCAUCCAUGGUUAUCCCAGUGCCCGAGCCAUUUGGUGGAGCUAUAAUCAUAGGACAGGAGUCUAUCACCUACCACAAUGGAGACAAGUACCUGGCCAUUGCACCACCCACUAUUAAGCAAAGUACGAUUGUCUGCCACAACCGCGUAGACCCCAAUGGUUCACGCUACCUGCUGGGUGACAUGGAGGGCCGCCUCUUCAUGCUGCUGCUGGAGAAAGAGGAGCUAAUGGACGGCACCGUGGCACUCAAAGACCUGCACGUGGAGCUGCUCGGAGAGACGUCUAUUGCCGAGUGUUUGACCUACUUGGACAACGGUGUGGUGUUCGUGGGCUCCAGACUGGGAGACUCCCAGCUUGUGAAGCUCAACGUGGACAGCAACGAGCAGGGCUCUUAUGUAACGGUGAUGGAGACGUUCACCAAUCUGGGGCCUAUUGUGGACAUGUGUGUGGUGGACCUGGAGAGGCAGGGCCAGGGCCAGCUGGUAACAUGCUCAGGUGCAUUCAAAGAGGGCUCUCUUCGGAUCAUUCGGAACGGCAUUGGGAUUCACGAGCACGCCAGCAUCGACCUACCGGGAAUCAAAGGUUUGUGGCCGCUUCGAUCUGAAGCUGGCAGGGAGACGGAUGAUAUGCUGGUACUGUCUUUCGUGGGUCAGACCCGAGUGUUGAUGCUGAGUGGUGAGGAGGUUGAGGAAACUGAGCUGCCGGGCUUUGUGGACAACCAGCAAACAUUUUAUUGUGGGAACGUCGCACACCAACAACUUAUUCAAAUCACAUCAGGCUCUGUGCGCCUGGUGCUUCAGGACAGCAAGGCGUUGGUGAGUGAGUGGAAGGAGCCGCAGGGGAAAAACAUCAGCGUGGCUGCGUGCAACCACACACAAGUAGUGCUCGCUGUGGGACGGGCCCUGUUCUACCUGCAGAUCUUAGCCGGCAAACUCAAACAGAUCAGUACCACAGAGAUGGAGCAUGAGGUGGCCUGCUUGGACAUCACGCCUCUGGGGGAGGGCGGAGGCGAGUCGCUGCUCUGCGCGGUGGGCCUGUGGACUGACAUCUCUGCGCGCGUCCUUAAACUUCCCUGCUUCACCCCAUUGCACAAGGAAAUGCUGGGCGGAGAAAUCAUCCCUCGCUCCAUCCUAAUGACCACCUUUGAAGGCAGCUACUACCUGCUGUGUGCCCUGGGAGAUGGAGCGCUCUUCUACUUCGGUUUAGACCUGCAGACCGGUGUCCUCAGCGAGCGUAAGAAAGUCACCCUCGGCACUCAGCCCACUGUGCUGAGAACCUUCAGAUCCCUCUCCACCUCAAACGUCUUUGCCUGCUCCGAUCGACCCACCGUCAUCUAUUCCUCCAACCACAAGCUGGUAUUUUCCAACGUCAACCUCAAGGAGGUCAACUACAUGUGUCCGCUCAACUCUGAGGGCUACCCCGACAGUCUGGCUCUGGCCAACAACAGCACCUUGACCAUCGGAACCAUUGAUGAAAUCCAGAAACUGCACAUCCGCACAGUUCCACUCUAUGAGUCUCCGAGCGUGAGCUCCAGCAAGCUGUUCCCCAGCAGCACUUCUCCACAUGAGACCUCCUUUGGUGAGGAGGUGGAGGUUCACAGUCUGCUAGUUGUGGAUCAACACACCUUUGAAGUUCUCCAUGCCCAUCAGUUCCUUCCCAGCGAGUAUGCCCUCAGCAUUGUGUCAUGUCGCCUGGGUAAAGACCCAUCUGUGUAUUUCAUCGUUGGCACUGCCAUGGUGUACCCAGAAGAGGCAGAGCCCAAGCAGGGACGGAUUAUUGUCUUCCAUUACACUGACGGUAAGCUGCAAACCGUGGCUGAGAAAGAGGUGAAAGGAGCCGUCUAUUCAAUGGUGGAGUUCAAUGGGAAACUGCUGGCCAGCAUCAAUAGCACAGUUCGUUUAUAUGAGUGGACGGCUGAGAAGGAGCUGAGGACUGAGUGCAACCACUACAACAACAUCAUGGCCCUUUACCUGAAGACCAAAGGAGAUUUCAUCCUGGUGGGAGACCUGAUGAGGUCUGUCCUGCUGCUGGCGUACAAACCCAUGGAGGGCAACUUUGAAGAGAUUGCUCGUGAUUUUAAUCCCAACUGGAUGAGUGCUGUGAACAUUCUUGACGAUGACAACUUCCUGGGGGCAGAAAACGCCUUUAACCUGUUCGUCUGCCAAAAGGACAGCGCGGCCACCACCGAUGAGGAGAGGCAGCACCUGCAGGAGGUGGGGGUGUUCCACCUCGGCGAGUUUGUAAAUGUUUUCUGCCACGGCUCGCUGGUGCUGCAGAACCUCGUGGAGAGCUCUACGCCCACCCAAGGGUCCGUGCUCUUCGGCACCGUUAACGGGAUGAUCGGUCUGGUGACGUCCCUGUCUGAGAGCUGGUACAGCCUCCUGCUCGACCUACAGAACCGCCUCACCAAGGUCAUCAAGAGCGUGGGGAAGAUCGAGCACAGCUUCUGGAGGUCCUUCCACACGGAGCGUAAAACAGAGCAGGCGACAGGAUUCAUCGAUGGGGACCUGAUUGAAAGCUUCUUGGAUCUGAGCCGAGCAAAGAUGCAGGAGGUCGUCAGCACUCUGCAGAUCGAUGAUGGCAGCGGCAUGAAGCGUGAAGCCACAGUGGACGAGGUGAUUAAGAUUGUGGAGGAGCUGACGAGGAUCCACUAGUUCUGUCAACGUUUAGACACCCGCUGAGUGAGACGGUGGCCCGGAGGAGGAAUGGUUGGGAAAACCACACAUUGGGCUUUUGCAAAUGUGUAAAUAAUUCUAAAGAUGGUGUUCGUGUUCGUCCUUCAGACCUUGGUGAGAUGUCCACGGUUAAGACCCUGAAGGUGCUACAGGAUGAGUGUAGCCCGGGCAAAAUGAAACUUGUUUGGACAGAAAGACCAAAGUAAAAGUCCUGGUCUGGGUGUGUUUCAGUGUGUGGACCUGCACAGUGUCGUUAUAAAAUUUAAAAUAUUAUUUUUUUCUCACCUAAACCAUUUUCUGCCAUGUUUGUUGACAGUUACAUGAAGUUUUGAAGAUCUGCUGAUCCUCUGCUUCACGCUGGAUAAACCUGACUGCUUUGAGUUUAUUACUGAAGUCUGGAGUAACAAUGCUGAAAACAGGAAAAU